AUGGCUGAGUCACCAUUUGUGACGCUGAAGACUGAUUUUAGGAUCCAGGUUUUGGAUGGUAAUCUGUUCUCUGGGCUCUCCAAGUUGACUACCUGUGAACUUUACACAAACCCUUUCAGCUGCUCUUGUGAACUUCUGGGUUUCCUGCGCUGGCUCUCAACUUUCCCCAACAGGACCAGUGAGAGGAUGGUGUGCGACACCCCUAAAGGAUUGUCUGGAUACAACUUAAUGAGUCAGAGUCCUUUCAUGUCCACCCCACGCAACGCUCUGUAUGCACUCAUCGCUGCUUGUGAUGAUGGCAGCAGCAGUGUGACGCCUUUUUACGUCAUUGACCUUACCACCCAGUUGCCAGAUAUUGUCUCUCCCUGUGGACUAGAAGAUUGUGCUUCUGGGACCCCUCCUGAUGAGAUAAUCAGCUCAAACCCCAUCUUCCCAGAUUCCAAGCCAGUCAUGACAGUUAAACAGGUCCAAACUUCGAGCUAUGUGUUAACUGUUCAGAUUCCUUACCCAUACAAAAAAAUGUACAUCCUAAUGCUUUAUAACAACAGCUUCUUCACAGUCAUUCAAAAUCUAAAGAAUGAAAAAGAAGACAUUGAGCUAAAGAACCUAAAGCCAAACACUAACUACACAUACUGUGUGGCUUCUAUACGAAACUCCCUACGCUUCAACCACACCUGCCUGACCAUCCCCACUCGUGGCAGGGCUGGAGUAGAGAAGGCACCCAGUCAGUCAUCUGCCACCCACUAUAUCAUGACUAUUUUGGGAUGCCUGUUUGGCAUGCUACUCUUCCUUGGCCUUGUUGUCCACUGCCUAAGGAAAAAAAGGAUCAUGGAAGAGAAGGAGAGAAAGAUGAACAGGAUCCAGAGGACUUUGAUAGAGCUCAAGUAUGGUGGAGAGGGAGAUAUAGAGGGAGGUAGUGGGGGGUCUGUUUCACAAAAGCUUGCUGCAGGAGACAGCCUGUCCAGAAUGCCCUAUCUGCCCCAGGGCAGUGAGAUAGAUCCAUACAAGCUUCAGGAAGUGAUAGAAACACCAGGUCACAAGUCUGCCAAACUUAACUACAUGGAGGUUAGAGGCUCUGGCAUCGAAAAGGAGAGGGAACGAGAAAGAGAGAUGUCACCACAAGAAAAUCCCCAGGGCUCAGUUGCAGAAAUCUCGACCAUCGCUAAAGAAGUUGAUAAAGUUAACCAGAUAAUUAACAACUGUAUAGACGCUCUCAAGACUGAGUCCACAUCCUUUCAACAAGGAAUCAAGUCUCCUUCUUCAGCAGGUGGAGGCUCUGUUUCAACUGAAGAGCCGCAGCUUGUGCUUUUGUCUGAGCAAGGAGAAAGAGGAGGUGAGUUCCUUUCCCCGGUGUAUAAAGGAGGACGAGGAGCAAGAGAAGAAAGGGGGCGGAAUUACCAUCACACAUUGCAACGACACCAUAGCAUGGAAGCUCCCCCAACUUCCAAAAGGCCAAGCACCUCCUCAUCUCCUGGCUCUGCCCGGAGUCCUCGCUCCUUCCGCUCAGAGGGAGGGUACCACUCAUCAGAGUCCCGGUACAUUGAGAGAACCUCGCCUGGGGAAAGAGGAGGCGGCGGAGGAGAGGCCAUUCGUACCAUCAACCCAGCUGCAGCAAUUUUACGAGCUGAAGCCCAGAGAAUCCGCCAGUACAACGAACACCGCCACUCCUAUCCUGGCUCCCAGCAGCAUCUUCAGGAGCUGCAGCACCACCCACAGAUCCUGCAGGAGCUCCAUCACCACCCAGGUGCCCGGAAACCCUCUGUGCUAGACCCCCACACUCUCAGCAGACAGGCUAAGCAGCGCGAGUUGGCCUACUCCCAGCUUUCACCACAUUAUCCCCUCUCACCCCAAUACCACAAUCUUAGCUACUGCUCCAGUCCUGAGGAAGAUGAGGAGGAGGAAGAGGGUCUCCUAUGCACACCUACCCUAGGGCUCUGGGAGAGGUUCAAACUGCACCGUAAGAGGCACCGGCAGGCCUCUUUGGAGGAUGAAGGAUAUGUGGCAGCUGGACACGCAUUGAGACGAAAAGUUCAGUUUGCCAAGGAUGAAGAUCUUCAUGACAUACUGGACUAUUGGAAGGGUGUGUCUGCCCAGCAGAAAGCUUAAAUUCAUGUUUGAAGACCCCAAAAUCAUGAACAACCAACACUACAUUCAUUACAUAUCGAUACGGAUACACAAACAUUUUUAUUAAAGAUCUGUAAAUAUACAUAAACACACAUAACUUACAAGAUCCACUGAGCGA